AUGAAAGCUCCGCGCGACGAUCCGCUCAAGGAUCAUGCCUGGAUGGAUACGCACGAAGCCUACGUGAACCACGCCCAAAAUAACGAGCAAGAAAUUCUGUUCAUUGGUGACGACCAUGUGGCACUAUUGAAUAACACCCAGUACUACCGCCAAUGGUUCAUGCCGCUGCACUGCUCGAGCUUUGGAAUUAUUGGCGACAAGCUGGAGGACGUUCGGUGGAGAGUGGAGAAUGGGGAGCUGGAUGGAAAUCCAAUGAAGAUGAUCGUCCUCUCCGUCGGCGCGAAUGACACGAUGCGCAGUGACGAAUUCCUCUCGUCACUCACUGCUCUUACCCAAAUCAUUCGUGAGAAACAGCCAGAUGCCAAGCUUUUUGUUAUGCGCCUCCUCCCCUCCGGCCGUGAACGUAACGCUCGCUGGAAGUACGUUGAAGAGAUUAACGAGCGUCUGGAAGGGGCUCUUCUCGAGACGGCGACCGUAGUCGAUGCCCCGGGCGACUUGUUGAUCGAGGACCGCCUCGAGACGUACAUGGCCUACGACUACCGACACCUGACCGAUCAGGGAUACCUCCGGGUUUUUGAGCCGCUUUAUAUGGCGGCCCUGGACGUGCUUGAUAUGAACGACUACGAGACGUCGGCCCGAUAUUCUGUCGCUAACGGGCUACUACCGCCAAUGGUUCAUGCCGCUGCACUGCUCGAGCUUUGGAAUUAUUGGCGACAAGCUGGAGGACGUCGGUGGAGAGUGGAGAAUGGGGAGCUGGAUGGAAAUCCAAUGAAGAUGAUUGUCCUUUCGGUUGGCGCCAACGACACAAUGCGCAGUGACGAAUUCCUCUCGUCACUCACUGCUCUUACCCAAAUCAUUCGUGAGAAACAGCCAGAUGCCAAGCUUUUUGUUAUGCGCCUCCUCCCCUCCGGCCGUGAACGUAACGCUCGCUGGAAGUACGUUGAAGAGAUUAACGAGCGUCUGGAAGGGGCUCUUCUCGAGACGGCGACCGUAGUCGAUGCCCCGGGCGACUUGUUGAUCGAGGACCGCCUCGAGACGUACAUGGCCUACGACUACCGACACCUGACCGAUCAGGGAUACCUCCGGGUUUUUGAGCCGCUUUAUAUGGCGGCCCUGGACGUGCUUGACAUGAACGACUACGAGACGUCGGCCCGAUAUUCUGUCGCUAACGGGCGUCAGUUUGUG